GAUUUGAAAGGGGCGGGCUGUGUGUGCUGUCUGACGAAUAAAAGCUGUAGCCUGUAGAUCUGUGUAAGGCUUUUUAACCGGGUACAACCAGCCGGGCUUAAAGGAAACCUUUCGUCUUAAAUUCAGAGCAGAGGCUAUAGCCGAGCGAAGGUCUGAAAAGCAAAGAGAACAUGAGUGACAAGGGGACAGUCUCACCUAAAGAUGAGGCAACACAGAAGAGGGGGCGUGGAAGACCCCGCAAGAAGCCCCAGGAAAAGACCUCUGACGAACCAAGCGGGUCCCCUGCUCCAAAGAGGUCCAGAGGACGGCCGAAGGGCAGCAAAAACAAGACUGUCAUCAAGGGCAAAAAGGCAGUGGCAGCCCCGGCUGUAGGGGGAAAACGCAGGGGAAGACCCAAGAAGGAGGAGAAGGAAGAAAAAGCUUCCCAGGAAUCAUCGGAGGAAGAGGAGGAAGAGGAAGAAGAAGACGACCAGUAAUUCACAACGCAUGCUACCUCACUCAACAUACUGACUUACUGUUAACCAGAGCUGGGCUGUAUCUCCAACACCAGUGCCACCACAUGACCACUGUUCACGACAAAGCCCUCUUUGCCAAACGGAGGGUUAACACAGUACAAAUAUCAUGCAGCAGCACUGGAUAGAACGAUGGACCUUGCUCAAGCAUAUAUCUAAGAAUUACAUGAAAGGUAACAGCCCUUUUCUCUACAUGUCCUGUUAUCACAAGUCUUUUAUACUGGACAAAAGUGUGCUCUGAGGAGCCUGGUUUUUCCCCUGAAGAUGGUUUGUAGGACUCUUCUCCGCUUAAUGUUACUUAUGUAUGUGUUGUACCCGCAUCUGAGAUGGUAGGGCGUAUAGAUUUUUCUCCAUGUUUUGUACUGGACAAAGGUGAAUUUUACCUACUUUUUCUUUUGUGUGUGUGCGUGCGUGCGUGCGUGUGUGUGUUUUUGAAGUGGUUAACCUAUCCCUUGCAUCGUAUUAUAGAUGGAGUUGAGCUUCAGCGUUUAGGAUGAGAAUAGGUAACAGAUGGUAGAAGUGUUUGUUUGUUUGUCGUCCCCCCCCCCCCACCCCCCACUAUUUCUAAUCUGCAGAAGUGAUUUCUCCCCAACCCACCAGUAGAGCGGAAUAGUCUUUAUCCCAUCCUGUAGGACAGUUUAGAUAUAGUCAUGCUUCUCAAACUUUCUGCGCGUAGUGGGGAGAUGUAAAGUGUAACGUUGGUCUGAUUUAGUUACUGUUUUUGUUCCUUCGGGUAACAUACCGUUUAUAAAAAAAAUAU